AUGUGUGCCUGUACUCAAAAGACACACACAUCACUGGAACCAGCCCACGCCGAGUUCCAAUCUCCUGUAUGCUAUGCCUGUCGAGCAGAGAACAAGAAAGAGAAGGCCGACAAGGAGAAGACGGGCAAGGAGGGAGAGCGUGAGAGAGGUGGGAAGCACGGUCAUGCAUCUGUGAAUGGUACGGAUCUGUGUAUGUGAACAUUCUGUUGCUGUGGAUAUCAGGGGCGUCGGGCGUGUGGGAUGCAGUCGAGGCACCCAAAUCAGAGGGGCCGACACUGGGCCAAGGUACACCCCCAUUCACACGGCAGGGGGCAGGGAGAGGCGACUCACAUCCAUCCAUCUGCGCAUUGACCUUCAUGGCUCUCUCUCCUUUCUGUCCUUCAGGGGGCCAGAAGGUCUCAAAGCGGCAGCAGCGGCAGGUACACAACAACGCGCUCAGCCAGACAGACAAACAGGCCGCGACAGAGCCCCUUUAUCUAUCUCAUGACGGUUCUCUGCUUCCCUACCGCCGUAGUAUCGAUACGACGCAUCCAGCAACGGUACGGUAGCCACCUUGAUUGACAGACACCUAGGCAGCAAAACACACACACGUUCACACAGGCAUGUCAUGUGCCCGCCCUCUGUCGCUGCGCUGUCCUUUCAGAGUUGCGUCACGAGACGUGCAGCGCCUCCAAUCCCCACCCAAUGCGGCUCUCACACCACGGCGGCCUGCACUACGACUCGGUCACAUAAUCUAAGAAGCAACCAACGACCCAGCCAUCCAUCCGACUGAUGCGACUCUGCGUUGUGUGUGCCCACAUCAGAUUGUCCUCUGUCACGGCCAGCGCCCCCUCACCACGGCUGCACCAGGGGUAAGACACGCUGACGGGGCUUUCGCAAAGGCAUGUGUGUCAUUGCUGGCUCUGGCUGGCUGUCUCACUCAGGCUUUGGAGAACCGUGCCAUCAGGCGGGCAAACAGGCGCAGAGAGGUGAGUGACAAGCCGACGAGGAGUAGUGCAGUCGAGCUGUUAACAGGUCUGGCUGUCUUGUGUGUCCGGGACCUGCAUGCCCCGGUGCAGGGGGACGGCACGCAGCCCCACGGCAUCCCCAGCAUCGGCUGCCUCGCCCUCAACCUCAAGGAAACCAAACCUCAAGCCACAAGGUCGGUCGACACCGACACCGACACCUACCUUACACACACACAUACAUACUAUCCCCCCUCCCUCCCUGCCUCCUGGCUGCGCAUAUGGUUGGUUGGCAUCUGUCAAUCAGGAUGACGGAGGUCCUGCAGCUCGCCCGUCUGCUGCCGCACCGCCUGCCGGCACAGAUCCCGCCCUCCUACCUGGCUCCCGUUGGUGGCGAGCCUGCUCGACAGCCUGCUCGCCCACCGCCUCAGUGUCGAGGACCGGUUGCGCAAGGACCUCGAGGAGCCCCAUCCCGUCUCAACCGACGAGGUGAGUGA